CUUGGCGCCGGCGGAUACGGCUUCGUCAUGACCGCGCGGCACCGUACCGAGGGACACGAGGUCGCAGUAAAGUUUAUUGUGAAGGAGAAGGUUCCCGAGCAUGCGUGGUGGGAAGACCCUCAGGUCGGCCGUGUGCCAACGGAGGUGAUGCUGCUCAGCUUGGUAGACCAUCCCGGCAUUGUCAAAUGUUUGGACCUCUAUGAGGAUGAGGUGUACUACUACAUGCCUGGCUUGGCGAUUCGCCCGCGGUUCGGGCGUCGCCCGUCACACGACCUGUUUGAAUGUAUAGAACAAAGCAAACACAAACGUCUAUCAGAGAGCCAGGCACGAUACGUCUUCGCACAGGUCGUUGAGGCCAUAUACUACCUCGAUAGCCAAGGUAUCACGCAUUGCGAUAUCAAAGACGAGAACCUGCUUGUCGACAGCGACCUGAAAGUUAAACUAAUUGACUUUGGCAGCGCAGUCGCGGUCGACCCGUCUCUGCCACGCCCUUUCUACACGCUCUUUUUCGGCACAACCGCGUAUGCGUCCUCGGAAAUCCUGCGUAAGCAGCCGUACCAAGCACCGCCCGCGGAAGUGUGGACGCUCGGUGUAUUGCUCUCAUAUCUCCUCACAGGGCACUCACCAUUCCCAACGGAGCAGGACGCGAUCGAAGGGCGUGUUGCACUACGCGAGCCGAGCUCUGGUCGCCUGAGCCGCGCGGCUGUCGCGCUCAUGGGACGCUGUCUAGAACGCGAUCCUGAGCGACGCGCAGACAUUGCGGAGGUGCGCCAGCACCGUUGGCUGCAG